AUGCAAUUUGCAAGAUUGCUCCGCCUGAUCCUUCACGAGCUGUUACGUGGCCGUCCAGAAAGAUCUCCCAAACGUCACAACCUGCUCGGUCGUGCAGCCAAAUUGACUACCCGGGCUGAUGUCAUCAUCAUGCUGGACUCCUCCGAGAACUUCUCACAAGAGGAAUUCGACGAAAUGAAGGAGAGCGUCGCCGAAUUGGUUGACGCAGGAUUCGAUCUCGCACCAGAUGUUGCCAGAAUCGGUUUCGUGCUAGCUAUUUCCAGUGACAAAGUAGCCGUUCCUGUUGCGCUUGGUCAUUACGAGGACAACAUUGAUCUAAUACAGCAGAUAUCGGAUACGCAAAAGACCAACGACGGAGUGGCCAUCGCGUUGUACGGUCUCAAUGCUGCUCGACAACAAUUCCAGUUGCACGGAAGAGAGAAUGCAACUCGUAUUGUGAUAAUGAUAACGAAUGGCAGGAACAGGUAUGUACACGCUCUUUCCCUUUUCCCUUGA